UUGCAAGAUUUGGGGCUUGAUAUUUUCUCCAAAAUCCACCAGCACCCCGGAAUGUAGGAAUACCAGAUUCUGCAGAAACUCCGCUACCAGUUAUGUUUUAAGCAAUAAGACGUCAGCUGAUUUGUAUAUAUUUAUAUUAUUAUAUACUUAUAUUUACGUACAUACUUAGUAUGUAACAGUGUUAUGUUCAUUUUUGGGAACUUUAUAAAUUAUUAAUGUUGAAAAUAUAUCAAAUAAAUAUUAUAAUUGUAUGUUUUUAUAUAACAUACUUUUAUAAUAAAUAGUUUUCUUAAAAGGAAUUAAAAUUCCUGUAAUAGUACACAUUGCAUACACAGUACCGAUCAUAUUAAGGGUUAAGUGAGAGUUAGUAAAAUGUUUUUUAGAAAUUUCUUCAAACGCAAAUCACAAGCAACUGCACGUAAAGUUGUUAACAAUUCUUUUGGCAACUAUGAGAUUAUUGAACCAUGGGAAGUAACUGAAAUUAGAAAGGUACCACCUUAUAUUCCUAAACCUUCAUACAGUCAGUCAUCUAUACCCCGAAAAGGACCCAAAAAUCCAGAAAUUAAAGACAAAAAUCAAAUACAGAGUAUGCGAUAUAGUUGUAAUUUUGCUAAACAAGUGUUAAUGUAUGUCAGAAAAUAUAUAAAGCCUGGUAUAACUACAGAUGAAUUGGAUGCAAUAGCCCAUGAACUGAUAAUAAGCAAUGGAGCUUAUCCUAGUCCACUUAAUUAUCAAGGAUUUCCUAAAUCAAUAUGUACUAGUAUUAAUAAUGUAGCAUGUCAUGGUAUUCCAGAUAAACGACCAUUACAAAAGGGAGAUAUACUUAAUGUUGACAUAACAGUAUAUUUACAUGGAUAUCAUGGAGAUUGUUCAAAAACAUUUGCAGUAGCAGAUUGUGACACAGAAGCUAAGCAUCUAAUAAAUGUAACAGAAUUAUGCUUGGCAAAAGCUAUUGAUAUUUGUAAACCAAAUGAAAAUUUGUCUAGUAUAGGAAAUAUUAUUGAAGAAACAGCAAAUAAAUUUGGAUAUUCUGUAGUUCCAAUAUUUGCUGGACACGGUAUUGGAACUUAUUUUCAUGGACCACCAGAUAUUCUGCAUUUUGCAAAUAAUUUUGAUGGAAAAAUGUUGCCGGGAAUGACAUUUACCAUUGAACCAGUUUUAAGUCAAGGCAGUAAAGAUGUUGAAAUUUUAGAAGAUGGUUGGACAGCUGUUACAGUAGAUAAUUCACGAACUGCUCAAUGUGAACAUACUAUUUUAAUUACAGACACUGAUUAUGAGAUAUUAACUUAUUAAUCUUGUUAUAAAUUUUUUCUUGUACAAAAUUUAUAAUUAAUUAUAAGAGGUUAAAUAACAGCGACGCUUUUAUUUAUAUUGUAAAUAUU